AUUUUGGUGUUAUUCUGUGGUGUUAUCUUGACAGUCCACCCCAUAGUUACAAAUCGUUUUAAUUAUAUUUUUAUUUUUCAUUGUACUAAAAAAUUGUUUUGAAUUUAGUUCAAUAAUCAAUAGUCUGUCUCACGGUCUGGACCGUGUUCUAUUUAAUUCAUAUUAACUUUGAUUACGCGCAUUUAAGGUUAUUUUUGUAGUAUUGACAUACAAUUUGUGGUAAGUGUAAGUAUAGAAUAUUGUAAGGUAUGUCAAAAAAUUGUUUAGUUAUGGUGUUGUCGGAAAGCGAUCUAAAAAGAAACAGUGGUCAAAUUGUUAACGAUACAUACUACUGCCCAAUUUUGGGUUGUAAGUACAACUUACAUUAUGGUCAAUAUAUAAAAUCGUUUAAAACUCAAAAACUUCUCAAACAACACUGUAUCAAAGUGCAUUCCGACAAAAAAUACAAAUGUGAUAAUUGUGAAAAAGGUUUUCCUUUAGAAUCCACAUUAAAGUCACAUCGUAUUACAUGUGGAGUAAUUUAUUCUUGCUAUUGUGGCGUACAAUACAAGUCUCCAGAAGCGUUUCUCACUCAUACAAAACGAAAACAGCAUAACAUUGGAUUAGGAUACUCAACUAUUAUGAAAUUUUUGAAGACAAGAAAAUUGUUGCCAAAUAUAGACGAUUUACAAGAAUUAGAAUCUAGGAAAAGAUCUACCCAGACACAAACUGUUACUGAUGUUCAAACUUUAUCAGAUUCGUCAACUCAGACUACAUUUGAAAAUAAGGAUUGCAUGUUAAGAUACAAUGAUCCAAAACUCUCUUCUGCUACGUCUAGUCCUAUAAAACGAUUAUGUGCACAAACUCAAACCGAUCCUACGGGUGACUCUAUUAAAACUGAUCCAGAUCCAUUGUUUUUAGAUUCGGAAACACAAACCAAUUUUGACUUUUUAGACAUCUAUACUCAGACAGCUGAGUCUGAAUGUCUAUUUGGGGAUUUAGAAUUUACCAAUAUUCAAACACAGACCUAUUGUAGUUCUUUAUUUAAUGAUUCCAUUGAAAUAAGAAAUGAUAAUUCUUUACACUCAAACAUGAUAUAACUUGAUCAAAAUUUAAAAAAACAAAAUGGCAUUUAAAUUAAAAAUGUAAUGUUUAAUUUUUCUUUAACAGUAUUACAAAUUAUUGUUUAAUUAAUACAAUAAUUAGUUAUCUAUUUUAAUUUUAAUAAUAUUCCAAUAGGAUAUGAAAUACUUUUAAUUUCUAGCUCCAUGUUAGUUGACUGUUGUAUGAAUAGGUAUAUGUGUAGACAUUGUGAACAAGUUGCAAGUUUAAUGCAUUCUUCUCUUGCCAUUUUCCUAUCUACCCCUCUUGAAGUUCAAACUAAUCAUACAUAUAUAUUUAAUUUAUUUAUUUUUUAAUGAUUAUUUUGAGGCUUCAGUAGAAGGAGUAAAUACAUUAUCACCACAUGUAUUGACACAUGUAAUGUGAUUAUUAAGCUACUGUUAUUUAAAACCAUAAAAUCACAAAUAACUAUUAAUAAUCAUUAUAAAAAUGUAAAUUUAUUUAAAACUAUUUUUUUUUACUUUUUUAAAACGGCUUAUUUGGUAUAAUAUUAUAAAUAAAUAAUCAUAAAAAUAAAUAAAUUUGAUGAUUAUUGAUCAAAUAUGUGUUAAAAAGUGUAUACUUUUAGCAGGGUUUGAAAGUUCUAGCAAAUGCAUAUAUUUUUUUUAAGUCUUAGAAAAUCUAAAGGAAGGUUUAAAACACAUUUGUUUCACACUUCACUAAUAUAUAUAAAAUUGUAUUUUGGUAAUUUUAACAUUAACUGUUUAUAGUGUUAUUUUGCUUAUUUUGAAUUUUAAGUGCUAAUUUUUGCUAUUUUUUGGCAUACUCACAAAAAAAUGAAAUGAAACACAUUUUUUUGAUUUUUUGUUGUAGAGUGUGAUCACAAUUUAAGAUAACGCUAAAUAUUUCUGCCGAACAAACUUGUAUUGAAAUGAAUUUUGGGAGGAACCUAGGGGGUAUUGAAGUACAUAUUUUGUAAAAUUUUCAAAUUUCUACACUUAAGCUGCGCAUAUGCGCAGCGCAAAAUGUAUGUUUUAAUGGUAGCACCAAUUUUUAGCACAUCAUUUGGAUUGAUUGAAUUUUUUCAAGUUGAUUUGACUCAUAAUACUUGGCUCUAAGUUCAAAAUCGAAUGAUCACCGUAAGUAUUAAAAAUUUCAUAAAAUAUG